UUCUUUCUAAAGCGCCCUCUCCUCUUUAAAUAUUCAUUGUGGUUAUUUGAUAUUUUGUACUCAAUGCAAUUCUUUGCUCUUUAAAUUGAUUAAACUAGCUCCAUAAUCUUUUGAAAACCUUUACAAAAAACAUUCUCUCUUUUCUACCCUUCAAAUUGAUUAAACUAGCUCCUAUAAUAUUUUGAAAACCUUUACAAAAAAACAUUCUCUCUUUUCUACCCUUCAAAUCGAUUAAACUAGCUCCUAUACAUGAUAAUACCCUUAUGUGUAGGCAUGGCUUAUUCAAGUUAUGCUCUUCUGCUAACAGUUUGGGUGUGUUGGGUGUUGAUGACACCAGUCAUCAGCGGAGACAAAGUAGUGUCACCGCUCGUAAUCGCCCCAAACUGUUCAGAGAAGUGUGGAGAUAUGAGCAUUCCUUACCCCUUCGGUAUUGAAGAUGGUUGUUACUAUAAACCACCAAAUAACCCGACAUCCUUCCACAUUACAUGUGAUAACACUACGAUCCCCCUAACACCAAUUUAUGGUGUCAACUUUGAGGUACUUAACAUUUCAUUAAUAGAGGGAGAACUCCGCACUAAACUUCAUCAUGUUUCUUACGAUUGUUACAACCAGAGCAAGAGGCUGCUUCACCAAAACCAAGUCGGGUUCAACUUGUCAACAUUUACACUGUCUAGCACCAAAAACAUGUUAGUUGCUAUAGGGUGUGACACCUCUGCCUGGUUUACGGGAGAUCGAGGUGGUAAGAACUACCAAACGGGGUGUAUGACUAAAUGCGUGGAGCUAGCAGAUGCGAGCGAUGAUGAAUGCUCUGGCAUCGGGUGCUGUCAAGCCUCCAUACCCAGUGGAAUAAAAAACACUCAAGUGGUAUUAAAGGGCUUUGACAAUCAUAGCUCUGUUUAUACUUUUAACCCAUGUAGUGUUGCAUUUCCGGUGGCAAAAGAUGCUUUUACAUUUAACUAUCGAAAUUUAAGUCAAUCUUGGGAGUACUACAAAAACUUGUCUUUUCCCGUAGUAUUCAGUUGGACUAUUGGACAUAACAAUUGUUCAGCGGCGAAAAAAGAUGGGAGCUGUUUGUGUAAGGAAAACGCAGUUUGUUGUGAUCCAGUACAUGAAAAUGGGUAUCGUUGCAACUGUACAUAUGGUUACUCAGGCAACCCUUACCUUCCUCAUGGAUGCACGGACAUUGACGAGUGCAAGGGAGAGAAUAAUUGUGAGAAGGCAGACUAUUGUAUCAAUACAGUUGGAAGUUAUUAUUGCAUUUGUCCAAAGGGUUACCACGGGAAUGGAACCAAAACCCAUGGUUGCAUUUCUAAUAUAAAGCCCUGGCUUAUGCCGGUCUCGACAACUGCUGGUGUUGGUGGUGGCAUGAUAAUUUUGCUUCUGUUUGGAUUUAUUAUGCACAAUAAACAUGGGAAAAGGCGAAUCAGAAAAAUGCGAGAAAGUUUUUUCCGACAAAAUGGUGGCUUGCUUUUAGAUGAAAAACUCUCCGGACGACAUGUUGAUACAUUAAAAAUCUUUACUAUGCAAGAUCUUGAAGCUGCCUGCAACAAUUAUAGCGACGAAAACAUAAUUGGAAGAGGAGGUUUCGGAGUUGUUUAUAAGGGAAUAUUGCCAAAUAACCAAGUUGUGGCAAUAAAAAAAUCUCUCAGGGUAGAUCCAAACCAAGUAGAACAAUUCAUCAAUGAAGUUCUUGUUCUAUCACAAAUCAACAAUAGAAAUGUAGUCAAGUUACUAGGUUGUUGUCUUGAGACCGAAGUACCACUAUUGGUGUACGAGUUCAUCAACAAUGGGACGUUAUAUGCCCACUUAAAUGAUGCAGCCAAAGCGUCCAUAAUGAAAUGGCAUGUGCGUUUAAAUAUAGCAUCCGAAGUUGCCGAUGUGCUAUCAUAUCUACACACCACUAUCUCAACACCAAUAAUUCAUAGAGAUAUCAAAUCGAUGAACAUACUCUUGGAUGAAAGUUACACUGCUAAGGUAACCGACUUUGGAGCUUCAAGAUUGAUUCCAUCAGACCAAAGUCAAUUUACUACAGUGGUGCUUGGAACUCAAGGGUAUUUGGAUCCCGAAUAUAUGCAGACAGGUGAGCUAACUGAAAAGAGCGAUGUUUAUAGUUUUGGUGUCGUCUUGCUGGAGCUAUUGACAAGGAAAAAGGUAUUUUCUAACACUAGGCCCGAAGCUGAGAAAGUUCUCGCUAUUCACUUCCUCCUUAGGAUGAAAGAAGGCCGGUUGUCAGACAUUCUUGAUAUAAACAUAGUGAGCAAGGGCACGAUUGAAGAAAUACAACAAAUGGCUAAUCUAGCUAAAUGGUGCUUGAUGUUAAAAGCAGAGGAAAGGCCUACCAUGAGGGAAGUUGCAAUGGAAUUGGAGACCAUAAAAAGAAAGGGAUCUCGUGAUUCCCAUCCAUGGAAUGAUGAUGGAUCAAUCCAAGAAGACAGUGAAUCUUUUGUUGUUGAAAAUAUAAUAUCAAACUAAGGGCGUGUUCGGCGCUAGCGGCGUUUGAGUAGCUUUUAGGUAGCUUUUAGUCAAACCACCACUUAACAAAAAAUGUGAGUGUUUGGCAAAAUAGUGGUCAGGGUAGCUUUUAGUGGUGGAGGUAACUUUUAUGAAAAGUUAGAAAUAUUAGCUUUUGAAAGUAAAGGUAGCUUUUAAGGUAGUUGUUGAAAAUUUAAUCUAUAGUUUUAAAUAUAAAAUAUUAACUAUUAUAUGUAACAGCUAGUCAACCACUACUUUACCGAACACUCAUACCUAAAUUAUCUAUCUUCACAGCUACAGCUUGUUGACAGCUAAAAACUACCUACACAGCUAACAACUACCUUCACAGCUAUAUUUUGCCGAACACGCCCUAAGUCGAUUGUAGCAGUGGCGUCGAAUCUAUUUCGUGCGAUUCACACUUGCCCUCCUCUUUGGAUAAUGUAUGGCAGGUAAUUAAGUCUUGUGGAUACCAAUUGUAGUGGUUAAAUUAUUGUUUUUAAUUUCUUUGCUAAAGUUUCUCAAACCUUUAUUUUUUUACUCCAACGUUUUAACCACUCCCUCAAAACACUCUUGAAUUUUAUUCUUAGUUCUCUUUUAAAACCCCCUUAAUUUUCUUAAAUGUUCUACUUUUGUUUUCUCACUUUACUCAUCUUUUUCAUACUAUUUCAAAUGAUUAUUUUGUUAUGCCUUUUUCUUUUUAUAGUACGAUUCCUUAUGACAAUUCAUGAUAGUUGAUUACCCAAAUCAUUUUGGGACUAAAUUAAAGAUUUGAUGUUGUUGUUGUUGUUGUUGUUGUUGUUUUUGUUGUUGUAUCUAAACAUAUGUAUACGGAGUACAUUGUACAUGUAAUAUAAUUGUAUAGAUAAUGUGUGUGUGGUUUAUACAUCUU